CGCCUGGCUGAGGGAGAUCAGAAUAGGACGAAAAAUCCAGCGAAAGCACGACUGAGCUUCCUGGCCCGAGUGCGUUUUGUAGGCGAAGUUAUCUCCGAGCUCUCCGACGUGCGCGGAGAGGAGGGGAUUUUUCUUUUGCGCAACUGCACCGAAUUUGCACGACUAGGCGGCUUAAGUUUUGCUCGAUCCCGGGCGGUUUCAGCGUAGAGUUUUUCUGGACAGCGGCAGCACAGUACAUCGUGCCACACCGAGAGGAGAGCAGAGAAGAGAGGGUAGAAGUUUCCGCUGGCUUGUUUUGUCACUGCGGGGCAAGCGGUGAAUCCGCAGGAAUGUCGCAGAAGGAGAGACCCACUUUCUACCGACAAGAGCUCAACAAAACCGUGUGGGAGGUCCCGGAGCGCUAUCAGAACUUGUCUCCCGUCGGCUCCGGUGCUUACGGAUCCGUGUGUUCAGCGUAUGAUGUGAAGUCAGGCCUGAAGGUUGCAGUGAAGAAGCUGUCCAGACCUUUCCAGUCCAUCAUCCAUGCAAAGAGAACAUACAGAGAGCUUCGGCUGCUUAAACACAUGAAGCACGAGAAUGUGAUAGGCCUCUUAGAUGUUUUCACACCAGCAACAAGCUUAGAGGAGUUUAAUGAUGUAUAUUUGGUGACGCACCUAAUGGGAGCAGAUCUUAACAAUAUUGUUAAGUGUCAGAAGCUGACUGAUGACCAUGUUCAGUUCCUUAUCUACCAGAUCCUGAGAGGCUUAAAGUACAUCCACUCUGCAGGAAUUGUCCACAGAGAUUUGAAGCCCAGUAAUUUGGCUGUGAACGAAGAUUGUGAGCUUAAGAUUCUUGACUUUGGUUUGGCGCGGCACACGGACGAUGAAAUGACAGGAUAUGUUGCCACCAGAUGGUACCGAGCCCCUGAGAUCAUGCUCAAUUGGAUGCACUACAACAUGACUGUGGAUAUCUGGUCAGUGGGCUGCAUCAUGGCAGAACUACUUACAGGACGGACGCUCUUCCCUGGCACAGACCACAUUGAUCAGUUGAAGCUUAUAAUGAUGCUCGUCGGAACUCCAGGGCCGGAGCUCUUGAUGAAAAGCUCUUCGGAGUCUGCGAGGAACUACAUUAACUCACUUCCCCACAUGCCCAAGAGGAACUUUGCUGAUGUGUUUAUUGGCGCUAACCCUCUUGCGGUGGACUUGCUGGAGAAAAUGCUGGUGCUGGACACAGACAAGAGGAUCACAGCUUCUGAGGCCCUGGCCCACUCUUACUUUGCUCAGUACCAUGACCCAGAAGACGAACCGGAAGCAGAGCCUUAUGACCAGAGUUUUGAAAGCCGUGAGCUGGAAAUUGAGGAAUGGAAAUGUUUAACCUACGAAGAAGUAAUCAGCUUUAUGCCGCCGUCGUUAGAUGAAGAUGAGAUGGAAUCAUGAGGAGGCAACUUUCCUUCCCUUUUUUUUUUUUUUUUUUUUGUUCUUUUUCUUAAAAAAAACAUUCUUUGAAAACUAUCAGUCUCAUAUGGCUACUUAUUACUUUUCUUUCACACACGCACAACCAUGACAUUCAAGUGCCUGCCGUAAUUCAUAUCCGGGGGGACGUAGCACUAUCAGGGAAAAGAAAACUUGACAUCCUGUUCAUAUCGUCCCCCGCUCUGCUGUUUUUGUUCUCUUGCAUCCCAAUUUUCUGAGACCCGCUUUAACUGUCUUCGUACUUUCAGUGCAUUUUCACCCCAGAUAUUUUGUUUUUUAUAUUGUGCACCCACUUUAAUUCACCAAAA